AUGUUCCACCCGCGACUCUUGGAAAAGUGGCUUUACGCUACGCUGGCCGCAGUCGACGACCCCCUGGACGCGUUUCUCCAAUCCCCACCUCGCUGCAACGCCACCGACCGACGAGGUAUUCGUCAGCCGUACGAACCGGUCUUACCAAGGACUACCACAGUCCACAGCGUUCGCCAACUACACCGUCCUGACGCAAGGCCUGUCGGGCCGCCGCCCCACCCCCCGGAAGCACUGGCAGCGGAGCCGGGGAGCUAUUUCGCCCGAAAACGAGCGCGAUCAUCACCCGGUCGCGGGGUUUCCGCUUACGAAGGCGUCGCUGGGGGCACCGGUGCCGGUCCACGCGAAGACGUGCCUGGUGCUACUCCGAAACUGCCGUCGGGAGACGUAGCAGGGGGUGUCGUCUCCGGAUCAGGAGAUGCGCAGCGGCGAUUGGGCGCGCCAGCCGGAAGUGCGUGGCAGCAGCGGAAGACCUGGAAGACGCAGCUCAGGGGGGACCUGGUGACGUGCAGGAAGCCGUCAGAAAGGUUUUCGUUCGAGGGACAGCGGAGAGGGAAGCAAGAUGUGCUCAUGGAGGUUGUGGCUUCAAACCCUCCCAUCGUCGCCAUCACCUGCACCACCGAGCUGUCCCUCUUCAGCCUGGAUGGGGAGCGUCUUCCCGUCGUCACUGUCCAGCAGCAGAGGUGGAAGCAGAGGCAGAGGCGUUGGCGGAAUGUUGAGGGUGCCUGUCAGAAACGCGACAGCAGUGGCUUCGAUGCCAGCGCUGCUGUUGGUGCUGUCGAUGUUGCGGCUGGUGCUGGUGAUGGUGGUAGUGCUACUUCCGCUGCUGCCCUCGAUGUUGCUGCUGGUGCUGGUACUGCCCGCACGGCUGGUGCUGCUGGUGCCGCUGCCGCUUCUGGCGAGGGAGAAACCGAGAGCUUUGGUGCAAACUACAAGUGGCAGCGCGAGAGGGGGUCCUCAACCGGGGAGAGCGUCUACGAGCGAGAUCGUGAUGGUGAGGAGGCCGCGGAAGUCCACCAGAGGGAUAUUCGCUGUCUGGCUGCCUCUCCUGCGGGUGAUAUGGUGGCCACAGGGUGA